AUGUCGCUGGACCGCAAGACGGUCGCGAUAUAUGCAGGUGCCGUGAUUCUCCGCCUUCUGGUUUUCUUCGGCUGUCCGGACCUCUCCGACUUCCUGACCACCCAGGUCGAAAUAUCAACUCCAAUAUCAAGUUACAAACGACUUCAAGAAGGUCUUUUCCUAUAUCAACAUGGACUCUCUCCAUAUGAUGGUGGAGUCUUUCACCAAGCACCAUUACUCUUGGUUAUCUUCGAGAUAUUACCGCCUGCCGUGGUCUUUGUCGGCCUCGAUAUUCUGAAUGCCACCUCUCUACAUUCCAUUGCCGAGAAUCUACAAAUACCUACGUCUCGUUUUCAGAAACUUGAUGGCUCCGUGACUGCCGCCGCCUACCUCUUCAACCCUUUCACCAUUCUGUCUUGCCUGGGAAGAAGCACCAGCAUCUUCACCAACGCUGCCAUCAUUCAAGCUGUUUUGAAUGCUCAAUCGGGGAAGGCGAUUCGAGCCAUGUUCGGAUUGGCCAUGGGUACUUAUUUGUCCAUGUACCCGGCUCUUCUUCUGCCACCCAUUCUACUCAUGAUUCACAAGAGCAAGGGCCAACAAACGUCCCUUCCAACUUCAAUGGGUGCAUAUAUCGGAGCCCUGGCAGCAUUACUCGGCACGACACCAAUUUUGACCGAGGGAUUCGGGGACUUCCUUGCAUCUUGUUACGGGGCACAAAUGACUGUACCGGACCUUACGCCCAACGUCGGAUUGUGGUGGUAUUUCUUUAUCGAAAUUUUCGACUCCUUCCGAGACUUUUUCGUUGGAGUCUUCUGGCUACAUCUGGUCGGAUACGUUGGAGGAAUGACCCUCAGACUUCAAAGCCAACCACUGUUUGUUAUCGCCAGUCUAUUGGGCUUGUUUGCCAUCUUCAAACCAUAUCCGAGCAUUGCGGAUGUGUCUCUAUAUCUCGGGUUUCUUCCCAUGUAUCAACACGUUCUUCCAUUAACUCGAUACACUUUCAUCGCGGCAUCAGUAUUGCUGUAUUCAACCCUUCUUGGCCCGGCCUUUUACCACCUCUGGAUUUAUGCCGGUUCCGGCAAUGCCAACUUCUUCUAUGCCAUCACGCUGGUGUGGAGUUUAGGAUUGACCAUUCUCGUGGGGGAUACCCUGUUUGCGGUUAUGCGCGAUGAAUGGGAAGUGGAACGACCCGAGAUGAAGGGUAAAAGUGUUCGUCAGAUAUAA